UCCCUCUUGUCUCCUUCCCAAUCACAUUCUUUUGAGAUCGUCAUCCCCCCUCUCUCUCUCUCAAACGCCAUGACCGACAGAGUCUUCUCCUCCACCAAACCCACCGCCGCCAACGGCGCGGGCGCCACGGCCAACGGCUCGUUCCCCACCACCAAAGGCCAGCUCUACGGCGGCGCCGCCCGCUCCACCUACCGCCCCCAGCCUGAGAAGAGGAGCCACCGCCGCGGCCGCUGCUGCCGGUGCUGCCUCUGGACCACCGUCGCCUUCCUCGUCCUCCUCUUCCUAAUUGCGGUCGCCGCCGCCGUCUUCUACGUCCUCUACCGCCCUCACCUCCCGACUUUCACCGUCACCUCCUUCAAGGUCUCCUACAUAAACGUCACCUCCUCGUCCUCCACUGUCAACUCCAAGUUCGACCUCACAGUCUCCGCACGAAACCCCAACAGCAAGCUCGUAUACAUCUACAGCCCGAUUUCGGUCUUGGUCCUCGGCGGGGACGGCGACGUCCCCUUGGGCGACGCGACGAUCCCGUCCUUCGUGCACGGGAAGAAGAACACGACGGUGCUGAAGGCGUCGAUCGGGAGCAACGGCAAGGAAGUGGACAGCAGUUCCGCGAGCUCGCUGAAGUCGGGUCUGAAGAGCAAGAACGGGCUGGCUUUGAAGAUCAGGCUGGACACGAAGGUGAAGGUGAAGAUCGGAGGCCUGAAGACGCCGAGACUCGGAAUCCGAGUCACAUGCGUCGGAAUCAGGGCGACCGCUCCGGCCGCCGGGACGCCGGCGGCGACGGGGAACGCGAAGUGCAAGGUGGAUACGAGGGUCAGGAUCUGGCACUGGACGCUUUAGGAGAGUAAAAAAGUUUACUGUGGUUAUAUUUUUCUCAGAAUAUAAAACUUGUCCAAAAACGAUGUUCAUUUUUAUUUAUUUUGUGUGUGUGCAUUUUUGUGGUUGGUGACGUGGCGAUUGAUGGUGUUAGGAGAAAGGAAAAUGGGCACUGAA